CUUUUUUUCAGCCUUUUUUUCUUCUCUUUUCUUCCUUUCUUUCUUCCUCCCCGAUCAGCCCCCCGCCGAUUUCUCUGCUGCUGCCGGUGCUUUCUCCGCCUGCGGUGCAACGGCCGACGACGGCGACGUGCGGUGGAGCUCUCCUUUUCUCCCUCUUUUCUUCUUUGCUUGCUCCUUUUUUUUUUAUUUUCAUGGGUAUUUUUCUUUGAUGAUUUUUUUGCUUGAUUUGCUUUCUUUGGUGGUAGUAGAUGGGAGUAUAACGGUGGUGGCGGUUUGACGACGCACGGUGGCGAUGAGGCUGCUGUUUUUGCUUGAUUUUUCUCUCAAAAAUUUUGUUAUUUUUUUUCUUUUUGCUUCCUUGCUUGGCUGCUGAAUUGGGGGUUUGAAAACCCUUUUAAAUUGUUGAUUUUUCUUCUUUUUUUGCAGGUAGCAAGUGGUUAGGGGAGAGAGAAGCCAUGCUUUAGGUCGGCUGUCGCAGUGUAGGUGCGCAACUUGCAUUGUCGGAUGCCAGACGGACCAAAUUGCAAACACAGUAAAACUUUUGGGGCCAAAAUAUAAUUUUGAGAAAAUUUAGGGCUCAAAAUGUAAUUUCAAAAAGCUUAGGGGUCAAAAUAUAAUUUUAGGAAAUUUUAGGGUCAAAAUGCAAUUUUAAAAAUUUUAGGGGUCAAAAUGUAAUUUUUUAUUUUUGUAUUUUUUAGAAAUUUAAAAAAAAAAAAACGAAAUCAAGCUGGACAAAAUUCAGUGAUUACAGGGACAUUUGAAUCAAAGAUCUUAGUCAAUGUGUCCCAUUCUCCUGUGCCAUAAUUUGGUUUCAUCUAGCGAACUGGUAUAAGUAACAGAAGUUGCCAAGUUCCAAUUAACAGUAAAACUUUUAUCAACCAUCGUUGUUUAUAUGAGCUCACAUCCACUAAGAUAAAUUAUUAAACCUUUAUUGUCCUUGAAUACCACAGAAUAUCUCUUCUCGAGUAGCUAACCUACACUUAGUAGAAACAUCUCCCUUUCCUACUGCUUUGAUGUACUGAUCAUUUUCAACUUUCACCUUGGAGUAGAAACUUGUGUCAAUGCUUCUGAAGAUGGUUGCAUUUGCUGUCAUGUGACUUGCACAACCAUUUUUAACAAGCCAGUUAUUUCUUUCAUUGUUAGAGGGUUCGCAUGGUGCAGUGAACUGGACUUUGUAAGAGGCAACGAACAUCAAUUCUUCUUGAUUGGCUCAUGCUGUUUGUGCCUAAACAUUUUGUUGUUGUAUGUGCCCCUUAUUCUUGCACACCCUUUUUUCAUGGCCAAACUGCUUGCAAUUUCUACAUUGAGCAUUAAGCCUGAACCAACAGAUUCUCUCAAGGUUACCCAACUUCUUGCAAUGCAAGCACGAUGGAUAUUUUUUCUUUUAACUAUUUUUUUUUUACUUUUCUUUCUUAUCUGACCAACUCUUCUUUCCUUUCUGAUUUGAGAAGCUCGGGCCUUCCCUUUUUCUAGCUUGAAAGGCUACCUCAAUGUGCCCAUCUUCUUUGCUUGCCCUUCUUUGUUCUUGAGCUUAUAGAGCAUUGAUUAGUUCAGAGAGUGAGAUGGUUGAAAGAUCCCUCGAAUCUUUUAGUGAGGAUAUAUUUGAUUCAUAUCUCUUAAGAAGUGUGGUAAUCACCUUCUCAACUACUCGGCUGUUCGCGAACUGGUCCCUUAACAAUUUUACUUGGUUCACCACUGCCAUGAUUCUGUCUAAAUAUUGCUUUACAGUCUUAGCUUUCUUCAUCUUGAGGUUUUCAAAAUCUUAUCUGAGAUUAAUCAACUAUUGUUGCCUUGUCUUUUGCAAACCUUGUAACUCAUCCUUAAGCUUAUCCAAGCUUGUUUAGGAGUUUCAUAAGCCAUAAUUCUUGUAAAAAUUAUAGUUGAAACACCGUUUUGUAGGUAAGACAUUGCCUUAUAUUUUUUUUUCACAUUCCUCACUGUGUUGUCUCAUUUGAGCAAGUGUUGGAUUUGCUCUCAAGGUUUGUAGUUCUAUUUUAGCAUUUACGACCUCCCAAAGAUCAAAGGCUUGAAGAUAAGUUUUUAUUUUUACUACCCAAAUAUAGUAGUUUUCUCCUAUAAAAACAGGGUGGAGGUGGUGAAAAGCUUGCUGAAGACAUUUUUAUAAAAACAAAGGUUAAGGCCCUCAAAGAUGGUUAUUUGAUGAAAGAAUGUAUUGAAAUAAAACAAAGAAGUAAAACAGAUUAUGAACUACUAUUUUUCAUUACAACAUAUAAGUUUACAUGAACAACUAUGCUUAAAUAAGCUGAAAAUAAUAAUAAUUAAUUAUAACUUGGAAAAUCUUGGAACUUGUAUAGUACAACUUGCCUCUCUAUUGGCUGAUUUUGGUCUAAUCAGCAACCCAAACAUCUCAUAAAAAAUAAUCAUUGUUUUAGUGCAAGUUGACAACUUGCAGAGAAAGGGCUCACAUGUAGAAGCUCGCCUAACAGGGCUCACACCUUUGGUGACUUCGUAGUUUUAGUGAGCUUACACAUUUGAUGAGCUCACAGGUGUGUGAUCUGUGUUCGCCAUUGCAUGGAUAGCCACUUCGCAACAAUUUAGUUCCUUAAGGUUCUCAUUUGUUCUUGCAGCUUCAGAAAUUGUUGGGAGAAAAAGUUAAGGUUCGAGUUAAGAAUCUAGGCAAUUUGUUCAUUAGAUGUUGAUAUUGGGUGUAUGUUUGAGGGGGGAUGUAGUGUUUUACAUUAAGUUGUUGACAAUAACAGUUCUCAUUAAUGUCACUAUAGGGUUUAUAAGGACGUGUUGGGUUGGGAAUACAAGUCUGGCUGACAUACCAAGUGGUAGGGUUUAUAAGGAAACGUGGGCUACAGUUAUCUUCUCACAAUUAGCUACUUAAGGAGCAUAUUAACCUUCUAAAUGGGUGGAAAUAGGAUUGACAUAGACUAGAUGAGGUUCGUGUGCUCCAUUCAAAAACUGAUUAAACAUUUGUCCUUGACGAGGUAAAUUUGAGGUAUUCAACGUGUUCAUAUGCAUAUGUCAAUAAGGUCCAUAGUUAAUGAAGUAUUGCAUUCGGGCGAGGUUGUAGCCAACAAAAUUGCAAAUAGGUGAAGAAGGGUGGCAAACCUAUUCUAACGAGAUACUGAUAACAAUUAUACUAGAGGUUAAGUUUCAUUAUAUUCCAGAUCUAACAUCAAAUUAUAAAUGUCUCCAAGUGAAACGAGGGCACCGAUUAGUUAUGAAUUUAUACCCUAAGCAAAAUAUUGGCAAAUUUUGUCUGAAAAAUCUACAUGAUUACUUCAAUUAACUCUAUGAUAUGUUGUUAAAAAAACUCAUGCGAGCAAGACAGAUAUUGUCCACUUGAAGUGGCGGAGGAAUUUAAGUCCUAGAAUGAAUUUAAACUAGGAGUUAACGGAGCAAAUUCUAGGGUUGGAUAUUGAUCAAAAAGGUUAAGGGUAAUAAGUUGAGAAGUAGUGGUAGGGAGUUAACGGCAGUUAUGGUGACUUCAAACCAACCUAGUUGCCUCUUUACUCAACUGCAGUGUUCAACAGCAAGGACAUAACACAUUCUGCAUUAACAUGAGCCUUGAAAUCCCCUUCAAAUUACUCUUGCCCUUUUCCUCCUUUAGCUUCACUGGUGUUCCUGCAGGAGCAACAACAGCAGGUUUAGGAUCUCAACAUGGCCAACUGCUACCAUAUAACAACCAAAGGACCUCUCAUUUCUUUAAUGUCAAGACAUUUGGUGCUCAAGCCGAUGGACUCACUGAUGAUACCAAAGCCUUCCUAUCAGCAUGGAACAAAGCAUGUCAGGCUACUGGUGAGGUAGACAUUAUGAUUCCUAAAGGCACAUAUUUGGUUGGUCCACUUAAAUUUGCAGGCCCCUGCGAAAAUGUGUCUAAAAUAGUAGUCCAUAUGAAGGGUUAUCUCAAGGCAACAACAAACUUGUUUAAAUACGGAGAUGGUGCUGGUUGGGUUGAAUUUCGAUGGAUAGAAGGGCUAACCUUGACUGGAGGAGGGACCUUUGAUGGUCAGGGUGCCAAAGCUUGGCCUUACAAUAGCUGCUCCACAGACUUCAAUUGCAAACUUCUUCCAACUAAUGUGAAGUUUUUGGCGAUGAAUCGGACAAUUGUAAGAGGCAUAACAUCAGUAAACAGCAAGUUCUUCCAUAUGGCUCUUGUCGAAUGCAAGAACUUCAAGGGCAGCAAAAUCAAGAUUUCAGCACCAGCAGAUAGCCCUAACACUGAUGGUAUCCACAUUCAGCGGAGCUCCGGUGUCUACUUUUCGCGAUCACUUAUAGGUACAGGUGAUGAUUGCAUCUCAAUAGGUCAAGAUUCUCAAGUCACCAUAACAAGCAUCAGCUGCGGACCGGGUCAUGGCAUCAGCGUCGGAAGUCUCGGAAGAUACAAGGAUGAAGGUGAUGUAAGUGGUUUGGUGGUUAGAGAUUGCACCAUGAUAGGGACCUCAAAUGGCAUUAGGAUCAAAACAUGGGCCAACUCGCCUGGCAGAAGUGAAGCAACCAACAUGACAUUCGAAAACAUUAACAUGGAAAACGUGACCAAUCCAAUUAUUAUCGAUCAAUCAUAUUGUCCAUUUGCAUCUUGCACACCAAUGGGACCAUCUCAAGUGAAACUGAGUGACAUUUAUUUCAAGAAAAUAAAGGGAACGUCGUUAUCUGCAGUGGCAGUAGCACUAGAAUGUAGCAAAGGGAUUCCUUGCCAGGAUAUUUACCUUGAAGAUGUUCACUUGGAGCUGGCAACUGGGGAGAAACAAGUCACUUCCACUUGUAAAAAUGUUAGGGCUAAAUACAUUGGCACCCAAAUCCCACCACCAUGUGCUUAGCUUUCAUGUUAAGGCAAUUUUGAUAUAUAUUUUGAAGUAACCCUGCAGUAAAUUAGCAAAUAUAUGUAGCGCGUAUAUAUAUGCAGUUUGUGAAGUUGAUUAAUGCUAGCUAUCCCUGCCUGGAUAGUUUGAUACAAGUGAACUUGGAUGCUGAAUCUUGGCUACUGUUAAUUAUUGGAGAAAAAUUAUA